CAGUUGUGUUGUGCGAAGGGGACCAUUGAGGCUGUAGAGGAGGGAGCAGUGCUAGUGUGUAGUUUAUCUUCGUAUCGAGUGUCUUGCAACUGGAUCCCUGGACACUACAGGAAUCAUACGACGGCAACGUAGGCCAGUCUUAACGGAGAGAGAACAGAAAAACCUGAUCAAUUUAAUGACAAAGCUGUCUGUCAGAAGAUGUGUGCUGCUGUGUAUGUCCUGUCGACAGUAACGGGCUACAUGCUCACCUCUGCUCUCCUGCUGAAAUGCCCGACUCUUCUGCACCGGAGGAAGCGAGAGACUUUCCUCAGCAGGCAUAUCUCCCACCGUGGAGGAGCAGGUGAAAACCUGGAGAACACUAUGGCAGCUUUCAAGCAUGCUGUGGAUAUUGGCACUGACAUGCUGGAGUUGGAUUGCCACCUGACAAAAGAUGAAGAGGUUGUGGUUUCACACGAUGCCCAUUUGCGGCGGUCUACCGGCAUCAAUGCCUAUAUCUGCGACAGGACCUAUGCUGAGCUGCCUCCGUACCUUUGCAAGCUCGGUGUAACUUUUCAGAGAGAGUGUUACUGUGAGGGCGGAGAGGACAAACGCAUCCCUCUUCUCAGGGACAUUUUUGACGCGUUCCCCAAUACGCCUGUCAACAUUGACAUCAAGGUCAACGACAACACACUCAUCAAAAAGGUUUCUGAGCUGAUUGUUAAGUAUGACAGAGAGCAUCUGACAGUAUGGGGCAACGCCAGCAACCAGAUUGUAAAGAAGUGUUACAAAGAGAACCCACGUAUUCCCGUGUUGUUCAGCUUACCAAGAGUACUGCAGCUGUUGGGUCUCUUCUACACUGGCCUCCUGCCCUUUGUUCCACUGAAGGAGCAGUUUCUGGAGAUCCCCAUGCCCUCUAUUAUUACCAAACUCAGGGAUCCUGAGCGCUUAACCCGGAGUCAGCGGGUCCUAACAUGGCUCGCAGAUACUUUGCUGAUGAGGAAAGCACUGUUUCAGCAUCUAACUGCCAGGGGAAUCCAGGUGUAUAUCUGGGUGCUGAACGACGAGGAGGACUUCCAGAGGGCGUUUGACUUGGGAGCCACAGGAGUCAUGACAGAUUUCCCCACCAGGCUGAAAGACUUCAUGGACAGGAAUGGCAUUUCUAAGCCUCAGUGACCUGCCAAAAUCUACCUCAGUCCCCCCACCCCCAACCACCACCAGAGUGAUUAUCCUUUAACCUGACUGACCUGCCAAAACCAGCCCCUCCACAGUCACCCCACUUUCACUGCAUGCAUUCCAGCAGGGUGACUCUUAUUCAGUGUUAUAGUGUAGCUCAUCAUGCUCUGCUUCAUUGUACUUUAACACUACGCCCUGUAUUUCAAGUGACACAUGUAUAUCAUUAUCUCAGCUGGGUUGUGCUCUUUGUAGGUUUUUUGUACCUUAAUGCACACACUCAGUUUUGUAAAAUAUUUAUCCUUUUUACAUUGCUGCUUUAAAGAACUAACACUUUUAAGGAUAAUUAUAAAAUGGGACUUAAUGGCCAUUGGAAUAUUGUGUUUGCAAGUCUUACUUAUCUCAAAUUUCAGUAUAAAAUCUGUUUUAUGACUUGAAGCUACUUUUAAUUGAGAAAAUUGAAUCUUUUUGAUUGCCUUCAAGGAAAAGUAUUUGUAGUAUUACUGCUUUAUAUGUUGAGUACUGUGCCAGCAAAAAUACCUGCCAAUGCAGCUUAAUGCCUGUCAUUUUAAACAGUCUGCCAGUGACUUAUACCAUGCAAUAAUAUUCUUCUACAAGCAAAUACUGUUUUUUUUAAAAACAGCUAGAUUCACCCAGAAAUACUCUCCAGUGUGCAGGCACAUCAAUAAGUUGCACUGAUUUGAGGUAUUCACAGCUCAAACAACACUCAAUUUAAUUGUUGACUGCUCUGUAAAAAAACUGUAUUGAGUUUUUUUAAUUUCAAUGUCUUUUGUACUGCUCUGCCGUGUUGUAUAUUUAUAUGUAGGUUUUUAAUCUGUAUUUUCCUCUUAGUUGCUGAAAAGACUGAGGCAUUGUCUGUCCAAUGAUGAAUUUGCAAGGGCAUUUUUGCACAAAGUAAUGCAUAAGUGGUAUUUUUAUCGUUUGUGCAAACUUCCAUAAACAGCUUUGAACUUCAUGUUUAACUGACAGGAGAAUUACCUAAAUGUAUGGGCUCUAAUUUGUAUUACAGGAGCACAGACAUUUUGUUGAUUGCUUCUUUUGCAGUGACUUGACUUUACAAUGAGUUAGAGGCAACAGAUCUCACGCUGUGGGUGACACAGUCUGAAAGUUUAAAGACCAUUAGGAUUAUCAUACUGCUGACAUUCACUAAUCCAAACUUGUGACCACACUGAGGGUCAUUCAUGAAUGUACCAUUGAUUGAAUGUAUUGUGUGGUGUUUGGUGUUUUACAAUGAGACAGCGUUGCUCCAGUGUUUUCUCUAGUCCGUAGUUUGGCAUUUUGUAUUGUGCAGUCAUGGAGUUCAGUGGCUGAAACCUGCACUGGUGUUGGCCUGAUUAUUGAUAUUUUAUCCUGUUUUGCGAUCACAUGUACAGCCCAGAAUCAUAUUUAUUUGACAGAGUUUUGUGACCUACCAGCCAUAUAACAAAUCUUAUUUUAAUGAAUAUAUGUGUAAGUAUUUUGAUUACAUUGCUUGUGAUGUACUGAGUGUACAUUAGUUUUGCAUGCCAAAAUGAAUAAGUGUUGUAUUUUUAAUAUAUUGUUGCUAUGACAGGAUGUGGGACCUGGCUACUCAGACCUAUCAAAUGCCUUACCCCACAUGGAUUGUGAUUUGGUUUACAAAGAACAUUUUUAUCAAUAUCAAU